AUGACUAUGAAGACGGAUAUUGAAGCAGUGCUCAAGUCUUUGACGUUAGAAGAGAAGAUCUCUCUCCUCGCAGGUCAGAACUUCUGGGAGACUGUGCCCAUUCCUGGCAAAGUACCCCAUAUCAAGACAUCGGAUGGACCUAAUGGUGCACGAGGCGCUGACUUCACCGGUGGCACGAGGGCUGCUUGUUUCCCCGCUGCAAGCAAUGUUGCCGCCACCUUUGACUUAGAUAUUGCCAACCGCAUCGGUCAGGCACUUGCCGAAGAGACACAAACCAAAGGAGCUCGCUGUCUGUUGGCACCUACCACUUGUAUCCACCGCCACCCACUGGGUGGCCGCAACUUUGAAAGCUUUAGCGAGGAUCCCCUGCUGGCAGGAAAGCUUGCGUCUCAGGUGAUUCAGGGUGUCCAGUCGAAAGGUAUUGCUGCCACCAUCAAGCACUUUGCUGGGAAUGAGCAGGAGACGGAGCGAAUGUCUGUCGAUGAGACCAUCAGCGAAAGAGCUCUCCGUGAAAUCUACCUGCGUCCAUUCGAGAUUGCCAUCAAGGAGGCGAAACCGUGGGCUGUCAUGACUGCGUAUAACCAAAUCAACGGCGAGCACUGCGAUUCCAACUCUUUUCUAUUCAAGGUGUUGAGGGAAGACUGGGGCUGGAAGGGUCUUGCCAUGAGUGAUUGGGGUGGCACUAACUCGACUGCUGAAGCAUUGAACGCAGGACUAGACUUGGAAAUGCCCGGCCCCACGCUGAAGAGGAAAGUCCCUGACGUUCUGGCUGCUAUCAAGGCUGGCAAGCUGUCUGAGAGCACCAUCAAUGACAGAGCCCGUACAGUGCUUGAGUUUAUCGACAAGCUGAAGGCCUUUGAAGACCCCACAAUCCCCCCUGAGCAGGCUAUCAACAAGCCUGAACACCAGAAGCUCAUUCGUGAGGCUGGCGCCAGGGGUUGCGUGCUGCUCAAGAACGAGAAGCAAGUCCUUCCUUUGACCAAAGACAAGGCCAAGGGAAAAAAGAUUGCGCUUGUUGGCCUGGCCAAAAUGCCCCUCGCGCAUGGAGGCGGAAGCGCUAGCCUGAAUGCACACUACAAGAUUUCACCAUGGGAUGCCAUGCAGGAGGCUCUAGGCGAUUCUGCAGAACUCGUCUAUGCUAAGGGUGCCCAUACUCAACGCAUACUGGCGCCUAUCGGGGAGGAUAAGAACGCCGGGUCUGUCGUCGGCCUGGACGGCAAGCCAGGCUUCACCUUGAAUCUGUACGACAACGAGACAAAGGAGCUGAAAGAGACGAUCAACAGCCACCCGUGUUCGUCUCUGUCGCCUGUGAUGGAGUCAGCAGUCAUGAAGAUUGCCGAGUUCAUUGGCGAUUUCACCCCCUCCGAGACCGGCUCUCACUAUAUGGGAUGCACUGGUCUUUCGAUGACACAGGUUUAUAUCAAUGACCAGCUCGUCUACGAUCAGAAGAAGCCCGCCCCUGAUGCCAUGGGAUUCUUAUUCGGAGCCAUCUCCGAAGAAGAGUUCACUCAUCCGUUUACUGCUGGCACCACCUACCGCAUCAAAGUCCGCAGCUUGCCGCCUGUCAACAUUCCCGGUCUGGAGAUCCUGAAUGGCCACACGGGAGUCCGUCUUGGUCUCCAGCUUGCUUCUGAGCAUGAUGCUGAUCUACAGGGUGAGGCUGCUGCGCUCGCCAAGGAUGCCGAUUACGCUAUUGUUUUCACAGGCAACGAUCCUCAGUGGGAGACGGAAGGCCAAGACCAGGCCUCUUUCAACUUACCGAGAAAGGGCAGCCAAGAUGCUCUGGUCAGUGCCGUCGCUGCUGCAAACCCCAACACCAUCGUCGUGAACUCGACUGGUGUGGCUAUCGCCCUGCCCUGGCUGGAUCAGGUCGCAGGCUUGCUGCAUGCCGGCUUCGCUGGGCAGGAAUGUGGUAACUCCAUCGCCGAUGUCCUCACCGGCGCCGUGAACCCUGAAGGCCGUCUACCAAUGACUUUCCCUAAAGCCCUCGAGGAUGCACCCGCCCAUGGCAAUUUCCCGGGCGAGUACGUAAACGGAAAGCUCAAGGUAGAAUACAAGGAGGGGGUCUUCGUCGGCUACCGUCAUUACGACAGAGUCGGCCGCGGGAAGGUCAACUUCCCCUUCGGCUACGGCUUGUCGUACUCCUCUUUCGAGACUGGCAACCUGCGGGUAUCGAAGAGCUCAGAGACUGAUUAUACUGUCAGCGUUGACGUUUCCAAUGCUGAAGGCGCUUACGGUGGUACCUUGGUACAAGUGUAUGCCGGCAAGUCAGAGACUAGCCCAGAGCACCCGGUCAAGAGCCUUGUCGCCUUCCAGAAGGUUAGACUGCAGCCCAGUGAGAAACAGUCCCUGAGUCUCUCGUUUGCUACGAGGGAUCUUGGGUUCUUCGACGAGGCGAAGGGCCAGUGGGUUGUCCCUGCUGGGCAGUACGAUAUCUCUCUCGGGAAGUCGGCCAUGGAUUUGUUACAGACUGUGAGAAUCACGGUGGAUAAAGAAGUCACAUUUGCUCCGUAA